CCCCACCCCCCUAGAGAACUCCAGGCCGGUUGGCUGGGGUGGUAGGGGCGGCGGCUGUGGAACGUGGAGGGAGGCUGCGUCGGUACAGCGGCGGCUGUGGGGAAGUGAGCAGGCCGCCCGGGCCAGCCCGCAGCCCCUCGCAGCCCCUCUCAGAUGGAGGUCCUGGACGAGUUCGACAGCGAGUUGCCCCAGAGCGUGACCUUCUGCCAGCUCAUCUCUGAGGAGGACUUCGAGAGGCAGGCGGCCACCUACACGGAGCGCGCGCUGCGCCGCCUCUUCCGCAGUAUCGACCACAACCCCGCGCUGGCCGAGAGGGCGGUGCGCAAGGGCAAGCUGGCCGAGUAUGAGGCGCGCGGGCUCCUCUCCUUCCUCUGGGCAAAGUUCUUCUGUGCAGUCCAGGGGGAACUGAAUUGUUGCAACAGCAUGGGUGCCCUGGAGAUGCACCGGCGCCUGGAGCAGCUGAAGAGGAGAAUUCACCGCGUGCACCUCUACUCCCAGGAUGCCAAGAAGAAGAAAAGAAAGCCAAAACUGAAGAAACCAGAACCCAUCCUCUUGCGAAACCGGUCCACCUCCCCUUGCCUGCCACCGAUUGUGCUGCCACCUCCACCGCUGCCAUCCACUGCUACUACUAUGGCCUCCAUGGUGGCCUCAUCACCCCCUGUCUACCCUAUGCCUAGGGUCUUUGGCCCCUUCCCUCCACUGCCCAGGAAGACGAUGGAGAAGGUGGAAGUUACAAGAUCCGAAGUGAAAAACUGGGCCGUCCUGUCAUCAAACCCAAAGAGCCACAUGGUUGAUCUGACCCCCUUGGUCCUCAACCCCGGAGGCUUCCAUUUCUCGUACCUGGCUGGAAACCAUGCACACCAGCUCCAUUGCCCUGGCUACCCUGGGACCUUGGCCUGUAGUGGCUCCCCCAACACCGAGGAGACACCAGCCCCUCCUGUGAAGGCUUCCAUCUUCUCCCCGCCUGUCUUGCUCAAGUUCCAGCCUCUGCCGAGACCCAAAGAUGACUCUGAGAACGACCCUAGCAGUAUUGAGUCUGUGCCCCACAAGAGGGAUCCAUAGCCUCUCUCCUAUAGACCAUGGCUAGAGCAAUGAAUAAAGUUCCCAUGGAGGUGCCUUA